UGCACAAUCACCAAGACGUGAUAUACCUCACAUGCGCUAUGGCCGAGAUGGGUCUUUAUAAAACAAAGUCUAAACAUUACAUUGAUACUUAUUAUCAAAUCACAAUCAUCAAUAUUUUCAUUCUCUCAUUAAUCACAUCUUCCUCCAUGGCUUCUUCUUCGUCUUCAGUUGAUUUUUCAACUGCAAUUCUAAUAAGGGUUGAUCAAUCAGGCAAAGGAGAUUUCAAUAAGAUUCAAGAAGCAAUUGACUCUAUCCCUCCCAAUUUAAACAACUCUCAACUUUAUUUCAUUUGGGUCAAGCCUGGAGUUUACCGAGAAAAAGUGGUGAUUCCUGCGGAUAAACCCUACAUAACAUUGAGUGGAACAAAAGCUUCCACCACAGUUCUCAUAUGGAGCGAUGGUGAAGACAUUUUGGAGUCACCCACUCUCACAGUCUUCGCAUCCGACUUCGUAUGCCGAUUUCUCACUAUUCAGAAUAAGUUUGGAACAACGGGACAGGCGGUUGCGUUGCGAGUGGCGGCGGAUAAGGCAGCGUUCUACGGCUGCGUGAUAACGUCGUACCAAGACACUCUUCUCGACGACAAUGGAAACCAUUACUUCAAGAACUGCUAUAUUGAAGGUGCCACUGAUUUCAUUUGCGGAAGCGCAUCUUCUCUCUACGAAAAGUGUCAUUUACACUCGUUGUCGCCGAAUAAUGGGUCGAUGACGGCGCAAAUGAGAUCGUCAGCGACGGAUAAAUCAGGGUUUUCAUUCUUGGGAUGCAAGUUAACCGGUACGGGCUCCACGUAUUUAGGAAGACCAUGGGGAGCUUAUUCUAGAGUUGUCUUUGCUUAUUCCGUCUUCUCUGAUGUGGUUGCACCUCAAGGAUGGAACGAAUGGGGAGACUCGAGUAAAAGCAAUACUGUAUAUUAUGGUGAAUACAAAUGUUACGGUCCGGGAGCAGAUAGGAGAGGAAGGGUAAAAUGGUCGAAACAAUUAUCUGACGAGGAAGCCACCGUCUUCAUGAGCAAAGAUUUUAUCGGCGGCAAAGACUGGCUUCGACCUGCGCCUUCUCACUUCAAGACUGCUCUCAAAUCAAACCCGAAAGAAUAAUUGGUUCCAUCAAUUGAUUAAUUAAUACUCUCUUUCUUUUCUUUUUUUGGUCAAACAAAUGAUUAAUACUCUUCCUUGUAUAUAUAACAUAUCGACUGUAAUUAACUGUGUGUGAUAGUGUGUAUAAUAUUUAAGACGUGUGAUACAAUACUGUGUAAAUGAACAACUACAACCACCCAAUGAUUAUCACCAUUCAGUAUGGUAUAAUAGUAUAUAGUAAACCACAGUAGAUUCAUAAAUUAAAGAAAUUGAUUAAAACAAAUGAAAUUUUUUGAGAAGACAAACAAAGGAAUGAAUUUGUUUCGAAACAGAAGUAAAAACCAUAUUUACAGAAAGUGCUUAGGAUUAAAAGGGGAACUAACAAAGAACAUUUUUCCUGCAACAUAUAACAGAUUAAACUAAUCACACCCUUUUGUUUCCUUCUUUCUUGUUGCCCAAUAGGUAGCUAAUAAGAAUUUGAU